AUGGUUGAAGCAAAACGAAAGGUUGGACAGGAAAUUCAUCAAGGUGCAGAAUCCUUUGACUAUAAAGCCUGUGCUCAAACACUUAACCAGAAGUUGCAGCAGAACAAGAAUCACACAUACCAUACAAGUGUGAAACCAUAUGAAUGGAAGGAAUGUCUGAAAGCUUUCUAUGAUGAGUCAGUCCUCACUGAACCUCAGAGAAAUCAUACCAAAAAGAGGCUCUAUGAAUGUAAUGAAUGCAAGAAAGCGUUCUACCGCAAGCAUUACCUCACUGUACAUUGGAGAACUCAUACAGGUGAGAGGCCCUAUGAAUGUAAAGUGUGCAAGAGAGGUUUCAAUUACAAGUGCUCCCUCCUUAUACAUGAAAGGAAUCACACAGGUAACAAGCCUUUUGAAUGUGAAGAAUGCAAGAAAGCUUUCUCCUCCAAGUCAGAACUUACUGCACAUUAUAGAAUUCAUACUGGUGAAAAGCCCUAUGAAUGUAAAGAAUGUGGUAAAACUUUUAACUGCAAAUCAACGUUAACUCGACAUCAUAGAAUCCAUACAGGUGAGAGACCCUAUGAAUGUAAAGAUUGCAGGAAGACUUUCUAUUGCAAGUCAUCCCUCACUGUGCAUCAGAAAAUUCAUACAGGUGACAAGUCUUAUAAAUGUGAAGACUGCAAGAAGGCUUUCUAUUCCAAGUCAGGACUCACUCGACAUCAGAGAAUUCAUACAGGUGAGAAGCCCUAUGAAUGUAAAGAAUGCAGCAAAACAUUCUACUGCAAAUCAAAUUUAGUUACUCAUCGUAGAAUUCACACUGGUGAAAAACCCUAUGGUUGUAAAUAUUGUGAGAAAGCUUUUUACCGAAAGUCACAUCUAACAGUACAUCAGAAAAUUCAUACGGGUGAGAAGCCUUAUGAAUGUGAAGAUUGCAGGAAAACUUUCUCCCGCAAGUCGCAUCUCACAUCACAUCAGAAAACACAUACAGGCAAAAAGCCUUAUGGAUGUGAAGAAUGUGGGAAAGCUUUCUACUCCAAGUCAGCACUCACUCGACAUCAGAGAAUUCAUACAGGUGAGAAGCCCUAUGAAUGAAAAGAUUGUAGGGAAGCAUUCUACCUCAAGUCACAGUUAAUUAGACAUAAUAGAAUUCAUACAGAUAAUAAACCCUAUGAAUGUAAAGAAUGCAAGAAAGCUUGCUACUCCAAGUCAGAACUUACUCAACACCAGAAACUUAUACACAUGAGAAGUCUUACUAAUGUAACCAAUGCAUAA